UUGUUUUCGUUACCGGAUAUGACGAAUUUGCAGGAAAAGUUACCGACCAGCUGCUAGUUGAACAGGCAUCUUCAAAGACAAUGGUUGAUGCAUCACUCAAUAUCUUCUCUGGUGAUCAAGAUAAUGCACAUUGUUUCAGUGUUAACUUUCUUCAGUAAUUAAAUUCAACAAAAGAAGCUCUUAAUUUUAAGCUUCCAUGAAGUUCAGCUGCUGCCUGUUGAUUCUGGUUCUUAACCUCAGUGUUUUUGCUGAAGAAAAUGUUACUUCCAACCGGACUAUGGGAUCAAGGUUCCUGCCUCUCAACAUAUCACUUCUCCCUGUCUUUCAAGUCUUGGCAAAAUCUCCAGUUCCUCAGGAUAUCAUAGCAAAAGAAGGUACCUGUGUUUUCAUUGAAUGUAAUUUAAACAUUAGCCAGCGGGACACCAUAUUCUGGUACAACUCAAAGGGGCAUCUUCUGGAGCAAGGUGGAAGAGGUGGAAGACUGGUGAUCUCUGACAAUAUCCUCAAUAUCACAAGUGUAGUCUUUGGUGAUCGGGGACGAUAUACUUGCAGUGUCACAAAUGACAAUGGCACUUCUUAUUAUUCAGUCACCCUCAGAGUGGUCUCCACCUCUGGAGACAUGGGCAUUUAUUACAUGAUUGUCUGCCUAGUUGCUUUUACUAUCAUCCUAAUCUUAAAUAUUACACGUUUGUGCAUGAUGAGCAGCCAUCUUCGUAAAACGGAGAAAGCCAUCAAUGAGUUCUUCAGAACUGAAGGGGCUGAGAAGCUACAGAAGGCUUUUGAAAUAGCCAAACGCAUUCCUAUUAUUACCUCUGCCAAAACUUUAGAGCUGGCCAAGGUCACCCAGUUUAAAACCAUGGAGUUUGCUCGGUACAUUGAAGAACUUGCCAGAAGUAUCCCUCUGCCCCCUCUAAUCCUUAACUGCAAGGCCUUUAUGGAAGAAAUAUUUGAAGCAGUGCAUGUUGAUGACCCUGAUGAAGUUGGAGAUGGAGUGAAACAAACCCAAGCACUUGGUGUCCAAGAGGGACUCUAUCCCUUAAACCCAGAAAUAAAGCGCAGCAAUUCACCAGCAGGAGAUUCAGAUGACGGUUCAAUGAAUGACCACGGCAAAGAAAUAGCUGUGGAGGUAUCUGUCCACCUUCAGUCAGAAGCACAAAGUAUUGAUACUGUUUCUCAGGAUAGUGUCCCCUCCCUGCCAUCGGAGGAUGGCCCGAGGGCUGAAUCCAAAUAGAAUAGCAAAGCUACUUGUAUGACAUUCCUCCUGAUUUGGGAGAAUGUUCUGAAAGAGAAAAGGGAAAAUCCCACUGUAGUCGCAGAUGCAUGAUCCCUGUUGGUUUUUUGUUUUAAAUGUUGUUAGGUAACUUUAAAAUCAGCUUAGAUCAGUGUUUCUCAACCUUGACCAUUUUAAGGCAUGUGGACUUCAACUCCCAGAAUUCCACAGCCAGCAACGCUGGCUGUGGAAUUCUGGGAGUUGAAGUCCACAUGCCUUAAAAUGGUCAAGGUUGAGAAACACUGGCUUAGAUGAAGCUAUUUUAAAGUUCUUAUUAGGAAUGUUAUAACUAAUCUUAGAAGCAUUUUGCAGCAGGAAUCCUUUCUACCAAUUAUAAUAGAGUGGACAAACUUUUGUUGGCUGAUGUGGUACAGGUUAUUAUUUUUGUGAAAGAAAGAUUGCAGCAAAUAGGGCACUGAUGGCAUAAUAUCAAGAAAAAUAACUGGGGACUUUGUUACAUUUCCCCCCACUUUUUAGCGUGCUAAGAUUAAAACAGGCACGGUACGCCUUUGCUUGCUCUUAAAAACUAAAAUGAAGGCUGGUGAGUUAUCUGUUCAUGAGAUACAGCAGAAUAAUACGUUGAUGUGAAUAGUUUUUGCCAUAUCUACUCAGAAACGUAGAUUCUUAUAUGUGCUCAGUUCUUUUAUUAAAAGAAGUUUUAUUACAGUUCACAAGUGUACUGUACAAGAAAUUAUAAGGUUCAGGUCAUUGCAAAACAAAUGCUAUAAAAAGACUAUGUGAUUGUUACAAUUGAAAAACGUAUGAAAUAUCCAGAGAUUCAAUUGUCUGUAUCUGUGUUCCUGUUCAGUAUUUGCAUUAGAAAAUAGGAAUCCAAGUGCAACCUUUGCAUUGCAGCCAAGGAUGGACCACUUAAAUAUUCUGCCAAUUGCCAAGUAUUUUAAUAAGUGAGGCUUGUUUUCUCGGUUAUACUCAUAAUAUCAGCUUUUGGAAUAUUCUUUCAUUUCAUUUCAUUGCCGUGGUGAAAUGACAAAAUCUUCAGGUUCUCUUGGUGUUAUGAUAAAAACAAUGACAACUUCGGUAUUAGUGAUUAUAACCUUCAAUCUUCUUCAUUUAGUAUACUGAAUUGUGGCCAAUGUUGAGGACAAUGUCAUUUGAUAGCAGUUAUAGGUGUUUCAUGAAAAUUACCCCAGUGAAGCUUUUAACAUGAGCCAAUGAUAAUUUGGGUGAAAAAGAUAUACAGUUAGAAAAGCAGGCUGAGGAUUGCUAUCUACAGAGUAACAUUUGUCCUGGUCCUAAUGAAAAAUCUGGGGAAAUUUCAAAGGGCAACACCAUACUACAGUAAGCAACCAAUAUGGACAUUUAACUGAUUCCUCUUGUUCAACAGUAGUGUAACUGCCUACUACAGCCGUGGUGGCGCAGUGGUUAAAAUUCAGUACUGCAGGCUAAUUCUGCUGACUGCCAGUUUGAUCCUGACUGGCUUCAGGUUGACUCAGCCUUCCAUCCUUCCAAGGUUGGUAAAAUGAAGACCCAGAUUGUGGGGAGGCAGUAUGCUGACUCUGUAAACAGCUUAGAGAGAGCUGUAAAACACUGAAACAGUAUAUAGGUCUAAGUGCUAUUGCUACUGCUUCAGGCUACAGAUAUGAAAUAAUAAAGUUAAAUCUCACAUUAAAAAAAAA